AUGGCCACUAAGCAAGAAAUGAUCAACACAAAGAGAAAAUCAUCAAAGCUCCAACAACAAGAAGAUCAUGUCUGUAAUCUGCAGCCCACUCUUUCUUCACCUUUUCCUUCCACCACCAUCCCACCACCACCGUCGCCACCACCACCCCUCCAAGAAGAAAAAGAAGAUCAUGAUAAUGAUCUGCAGUUCACUCUUCCACUGCCCCCUGUCAUCUACAUGGACCAUUUGGGCGUAAUACCGAUCAGUAAUCCUACACCCGUCACUACACUUCCGCCGUGGGCCACCACUCGCCGAGCCACCAUCCACAGUCUUGCUCAUCUUGAAUCCCGACAAAUCUCUACCAUCGCAGGACGGGUCCAAUGCAAGAAAUGCGAUAAAAUCUACGAAAUUCAAUAUGAUCUGAGAGAGAAAUUCAAUGAAGUGGGCGGUUUCAUUGUCGAAAACAAAGCCACCAUGAGUGAUCGAGCUCCAAACGAAUGGUUGAACCCUGUUCUUCCAAUCUGCAAAUUCUGUCAAGAACGGGGCAAUUACAGAGUCAAGCCAGUGAUCGCAGAGAAGAAGAGAGAGAUCAAUUGGCUGUUCUUGCUUCUGGGUCAGAUGAUUGGGUGUUGUACCGUCGUACAGUUGAAGUAUUUCUGCAAACACACCAAGAAUCGUCGAUCAGGUGUUAAGGAUCAACUUGUUUAUCGCACUUAUCUUGGACUCUGCAAACAGCUUCAACCCAAUGGCCCUUUUGAUCCCUAA